AUGGCUUACCAAACCCUACAGCAGGAAUAUUUACAGAUUCCUGUUGUGACUAGGGCUUAUACCACGGCCUGUGUUCUCACGACGGCAGCAGUGCAACUGGAGAUCAUCACACCCUUUCAGCUAUAUUUCAAUCCAGAUUUGAUUUUAAGAAAUUAUCAAGUAUGGCGACUAAUAACAAACUUCCUCUUUUUUGGCCCUGUUGGUUUCAAUUUUCUAUUCAACAUGAUAUUUUUAUACAGAUAUUGUCGAAUGCUCGAAGAGGGCUCUUUCAGGGGGCGGACAGCUGACUUUGUCUUCAUGUUUCUUUUUGGUGGGCUACUGAUGACUAUCUUUGGUACAUUUGUGAGUCUGGUCUUCCUGGGCCAAGCCUUCACUAUUAUGCUGGUUUAUGUGUGGAGCAGAAGAAACCCCAAUGUCCGCAUGAAUUUCUUUGGCCUGCUAAAUUUCCAGGCUCCUUUUCUGCCUUGGGUUUUGAUGGGAUUCUCACUUCUGCUCGGAAACUCUAUUAUUGUGGAUCUUUUAGGUAUUGCUGUUGGACAUGUGUACUAUUUCCUGGAAGAUGUCUUUCCAAACCAACCAGGAGGAGGACGUUGGCUUCGAACUCCAUCCAUCAUAAAGAUGCUGUUUGACACUCCAGAGGAAGAUGCCAACUACAAUCCUCUGCCUGAAGAGCGCCCUGGAGGAUUUGCGUGGGGAGAAGGACAGAGACUUGGAGGCUAA